CUCAGAUCAUAGCAGCACUGGCAGAUCAGCCGCUGUGAUCAACAAAAGCAGAGAAGAGAGGGACAGAGGCUGCACAGAGGAGCACAGAUUGCCAGUCCUCUACACACCUUCGAUACCAGAAAAGCCGUGUUCAGGGUGGUACACAGCGCUUCAGAAUGACAGGCUCCAUUGAGCCUAGGGACGUCUGCAUCGUUGGAUUGGCGCGCACGCCAAUCGGCACGUUGCAGGGAGGUCUCUCAUCCCUGGCAGCCACAAAACUUGGAUCCCUGGCGAUCGAAGGGGCCCUGAAAAGAGCUGGCAUCGCUCCUGACACCGUCCAAGAGGUCUUCUUUGGAAACGUGCUUAGUGCUAACCUGGGACAGAAUCCGGCUCGCCAGGCUGCUCUUGGGGCUGGCCUGUCAAACAGCACUGUGUGUACCACCGUCAAUAAGGUUUGUGCCUCAGGACUGAAGUCCAUCAUCUUUGCUGCACAAACCAUCCAGCUUGGGCAGAAUGAUGUGGUGGUGGCAGGAGGUAUGGAGAGCAUGUCAAACGCACCGUAUUACUUACCCAAGGCGCGGCAAGGGUACCGAUACGGCAAUGGCGAAAUUGUCGAUGGCAUGGUGAAGGACGGUCUUUGGGACGUGUAUAACGACUUUUCCAUGGGGGUCGCCGCAGACCAGACCGCUGAGGAGCACGGCAUCUCCAGAGAGGCCUCGGACGACCAUGCUACCGAAUGCUACGCUCGCGCAAAGGCGGCAACAGAAUCAGGCGCCUUUAAGGAAGAGAUCGUCCCAGUCGAGGUCCCGGGGCCAAGAGGGAAACCCGGCGUGGUAGUCGAUAAAGAUGAGGGCAUCAGUAAAGCGGACCCUGGCAAGCUGCGGAAACUGCGGCCGGCGUUUGGGGAGGGGGGCGUCGUGACAGCAGCUAGCGCAUCCCAAAUCAGUGACGGUGCGGCAGCGGUUGUCCUGGUCAGCGGCGCAAAGGCUCUUGAACUCAAGCUGACGGUGCUCGCCCGCGUGCGGGGCUACGGAGAGGCUGCCCAGCGGCCGGAGCGGUUUACGACCGCACCGUCCCUUGCGAUCCCCAAAGCUCUGAAGUCAGCCGGGCUCGAGCAGAAGGACGUCGACUUCUUCGAGAUCAACGAAGCAUUCUCGGUGGUGGCUCUGGCCAAUCAGAAAAUUCUUGGCAUUAGCCAGGAGAAGACGAACGUGCACGGAGGAGCCGUCGCACUAGGACAUCCCCUAGGCUGCAGCGGCGCAAGAAUAGUGGUUACGCUCUUUGGGGUUUUGAAAAGAAAUAAUGCCCGCUAUGGAGUGGCAGGUGUAUGCAAUGGGGGUGGAGGAGCUUCGGCUUUGGUGAUUGAGCGAUUGCAAACGCAACAAUCGGUCAUCGGCCAAGCUUCUCUUUGAUCAUCUUUGAAGUUCCCUUUGUACCCUUUCUUAUUCUCCAUUUUCCACUUUUUGGUGCUGGUUGUCAAGGUAGCCAAGCCUUUGCACGCACGUUACAAAGAUUGGAUAAGGCAAGUUCAGUGUGGCGAUCUUACUCAAAAGAAGUGGAAUGAUGCUUGGAAACGUGAAGGAGUCAAUCUGCUUGAUGGUGG